UGCAAUCGGUGUAAUGGUAGGCAAUAUAUUGUGGUGGUGAUUGGUGAAGUUCUUCACGCCUGCAAGUAGGAAAAUAUGUUAUCCCUAAAGAUGUUAAUUUUUGCAACCCUGCUGUUGGCUGUCCACGAGAUUCGGAGUAAAGCAGCUGAGCCAACGAAUAUAUGCUACGCGAAUGCAACCCACGUAAUGUACGUACCAUCAGGUGGUGGAGAAAGUACAGUUAUUCGCACAGUAUCUAACGCAAAGUUAGGUUACGAUGCUACAACAAGACGACUUUUUGUCUUCGAACAAACAACCGCGAACUUGCACUCGAUGAAACUGGAUGGCUCCAAUAGUCGUUUGUUACUUGGUGUUAUACGCAUCAAAAGAUUCAGUGUGGAUGACAUCCAGCAGAAGAUUUAUUAUAUAAACUCUGCAACUGAUUAUACUAACUCAGCAAACUUUGACGGAACAGACUCCAAAACCGUGCUUGGUGCUGGCCAUGAUGACCUCACUGAUAUUCAGGUGGACCCUUUGAGACAGUUGUUAUUCUUUGCUGCUGAUAAUUCUGUGCAAAGAACUCUAGUUGUUUACAAUAUUAGCAGUGGAGUGCUAAGGACAUUAUACAACGCAAACAGUUCAUCAAUUAGGCUAACAAUCGAUAGAUUGAAUGAGAUCAUUUACUGGAUAAGCCAUAACGCUGAUGGUGAAAGUUUUAUCUUAAGAAAAACUGAUUACAGUGGUAAUACUACAGUCAUAACCAGUUCGUUUGGAAGAUCUGGAAAACCAGCGAUUACCCAGAUUGGGAAUUAUUACUACGUUCUUGAUUCACCUCAGUCAAUCAUUCGUAAAUACGAUAAAGCCACUGAUACCGUUGUUCAAAACAUCACAGUUUUCAGUGGAGCUGCAGAUAUUAUUGGAACUAAUGACCUUGACGAAUGUAGUGAAAGUCCAUCUCCUUGUGAUCCGAAAGCAGAAUGUAAGAAUUAUCUUGCUGGAUUUUCAUGUGAAUGCAUGUCUGGUUAUACUGGAAAUGGAACCAUCUGCGAGGAUAUUAACGAGUGCAACGCAACAGGUGCUAACCCUUGUUCUGAUGAAUCGUUUUGUGUCAAUGAGGACGGCAGAUAUCGUUGCGAUUGCAGGCCUGGUUACAAUUACAAUGGCACAAAUUGCAUAGAUCGUUGCCAAGUACCAUAUUUAUUUUUCUCCACGUCAUCGGGGACCCUAUCGUAUAAUACGGAAGAAUCAAACGGAAAUGCAAGCAUGAUUGAUAAUCGUGGAAAUUCGUUGUUAUCAUAUGAUAGUAUCAACAAACGGUUGUAUCUCUAUCAUGAUGAUAGAAGGGAAUAUACAAGUUAUUAUUUAGAUGGUUCAGAUUCUACUACAAGAUCAUUCACUGACGUUGCCGCGUUAGCUGUUGAUGGAAGAAGGAAUGUUAUUUAUUAUUUCCACUCACUUUCUUCAAGAAUGGAGAUAUACAAUAUAACAUACGGUACAGGAAAGGAAGUCGUUCGUCUCUCGGGUAUAUCGAGCGUUAAAGAUUUGGAAGUCGACACAAUUAACAGCUAUCUCUACAUAGCCAGAGCAGGUGAUCCUCCUAUCAUUCGAUACAAUCCAGCGGAUGAAACCAUCAAAAAUUUCAACUACGCUGAAGGAUCAGCGCAGUCAAUAUCUGUUGAUGCAUAUAAUAACGUCAUCUACUGGGUAAAUUUCGAAGAUGCUCUUCACAGACUUAUGAAAACUUCACUGGAUGGACAAACAAUCGCCUUAAACAUUACGUAUACAGGAGGUAUUGAGGUGACUUCAGAUGUGUUGAACUUGUAUGUUCUGGACAAAGAAAACAACGCUAUCGAUAAGUAUAUAAAGUCUCCCCUCGAGAAACAAAGAAAUAUUACUUAUCAUGCUGAAAUACAUGACUUGAUAAUCGCAUACGACGAGAACGAAUGUUGUAUUGGAAAUAUCUGCCAUACCAACUCUACCUGCUCUAAUUCUCCUGCCAGCUUUAACUGUUCAUGUAACGUUGGAUUUAAGGGGAAUGGUACCGAUUGUCAAGAUGUUGAUGAGUGUACAGGGGUCGAUAGAAAGUGUCACGAAAAUGCAACCUGUUCGAAUUCAAUAGGUUCAUUCAGUUGUGUUUGUAAUGAAGGUUUUUCAGGAGAUGGUUUUGACUGUGAAGCCUUAAAUUGCAGCAGUCUUGUCUGUGAACAAAAUGAAAUUUGUGCUGAGGUAGACGAUAUAGUAAAGUGUGUUUGCAAAAUAGAUCACCGAGGGCCUAACUGCGAUUUGGUCGAAGCGACGUGUGUAGCUCAUGGAGAUCCUCAUUAUAGAACAUUCGAUGGAAAACGUUUUGACUUCAUGGGCAAAUGUGAAUAUGUUCUGGCUAAAGACAGAGUAAACAACUCAUUUGAAAUAAGACAAGAAAAUUAAUGAACCUUGUGGAAAUGGCCUAGUAACAUGUACAAAAUCAUUAACGGUGAUUUUACCAAGGGUAACCAUCAAACUCCAGAGGGGCAUGA